AAAAGCUCUGUAACAUACACAAAACAUAGAGAAAGAGAGACAGAGAGAGAUUUGGUUAUCAGAUCAAACCAAAAAUGGGGAAGAGAAGAGGCGUCUCCGCAGUGAACGUUGUAUUCGGGUGGUUGAGACACCAAUCGAAAAUGGUUAAGAUACCUUUAGGGAUCAUCCUCUCUCUGAUCCUCGUCGUGUUUCUUAGAUUCACCGUCAAGAAUCACAACCACUUCUUUGUUGCCUCUGAGCUCAUCCAUGCCGCCGGAAUCAUAAUCCUCAUCUAUAAACUCACCCGUCAAAAGACUUGCUCCGGUCUUUCUUUAAAGUCUCAAGAAGUGACAGCAGUGUUUCUUGCUGUGAGGCUGAUCUGCAGUAUAAGCAUGGAAGGUGAUAUCCAUACAGUUCUGGAUUUCGCCACUUUGGUUUCGACUUUGUGGGUCAUUUAUAUGAUUCGGUUCAAACUGAAAGCAUCUUAUGUGAAGACUCUGGACAACUGCCACCAUUACUAUGUGCUUGUUCCAUCUGCUAUCCUUGCUUUCAUUAUCCACCCGAGUACGAGAUAUACUUACAUCAACCGUGUCAUGUGGGCGUUUUGCGUUUACUUGGAAUCUGUCUCUGUUCUGCCUCAGCUUCGAUUAAUGCAGAAUGCUCAAAUCAUAGAGCCUUUCACAGCUCAUUACGUGUUUGCGCUAGGUAUCGCUAGAUUUUUAGCAUGCGCUCAUUGGCUUAUCCAGGUCUUUGAGUCUCGUGGACAUUACCUAUGGCUAAUCGGCGCUGGUUACUUCUGGUUCCCGAUGGCUCUAUUAGCCGAGGCCGUUCAAACCUUCAUCCUUGCCGACUUCUGCUAUUACUAUGUCAAAAGUGCUAUGGAGGGUCAGCUCGUACUGAAGAUGCCCGUUUAGAUCAAUAUAGAUGAAAACCGAUACAUUUUGUUGUUUUUGACAUUUUAAGCUACCUGUAACCAAAAGUAGAUGCUCAAAAUAAUCUAGACAGGUUUUUUUCUUCAGUUUCCUGCUUUUUGUUUCAGAAUAUUUAGAGAAGUUUGGUAUCAAAAAAUAGCCAAGAAUGGUCUUUCUCUC